UAUACGCUUGCACUAUUUACUACACACACGCUGGUGGUGAGCAUUUUUUGUUUCUUUCGUUGUAUGAGGAAUGGGAGCGCAAGGGAGGGUUACGAUUGCACGCAAAACCCACGAAUCGUGAAAACCGAUCCAGCGAUCAAGGGGGGAAAAAGGCGGUUGGUAGAGAACUCGUUGGUUGUUAGUUGUGUUCCAAACAAAGAAUCACCGGGGUGGCGUUAGCAAAGUGGAAGGCACAUAAGGUAGGAGGGGAGGCUGAUCCUUAUGGUGGGCGAGGAACGGCGGCGUUCAUAACGGACCACCGAUCAUAUGAUCGGGAAAGCGAGAGUGUGAAGCGAAGAGAGAGAAGACUGCAGACGGUGACGGAGUGGUGGAGCGCAUCCGUGGAGCGCAUUCGGAUGCACUAAACGAUCGUUUGCCAAUGUGUGUGUGUGUGUGUGUGUGUGCGGAUGACGCUCGGUGAAGCUGCGCGCGCAUUUCGCUCACGAUCAAGGGCUUCGGAUUUCGGGCGCUGCACGGUAAGAGCAUGAUAAAUGCACCGCCGGACGUCACUCUCUGUCCUGCGAUCUUUAAGUAAGGAUCCCAAUCCCAGCAAGCCGCGAUCUCGUGCAGCCAGCAGCAGCAGCCUACCGAAAGUCGUAAAAGGAUACCUUUUAUCCUACCCACCUUAACUCAAUACAACCACACCAACCAUGCCGGGACUUUCGGAUCCAGUCGCGUUCAUCAAGGACUUUGCCGCCGGUGGCAUCUCGGCCGCAAUCUCCAAGACGGCCGUCGCCCCGAUCGAGCGCGUCAAGCUGCUGCUACAGGUGCAGCACAUCUCGAAGCAGAUCGCCGAAGCCGACCGGUACAAGGGCAUGGUCGACUGCUUCGUGCGCAUCCCGCGGGAGCAGGGCUUCUCCGCCUUCUGGCGCGGCAACCUUGCCAACGUCAUCCGUUACUUCCCGACGCAGGCCCUCAACUUCGCGUUCAAGGACAAGUACAAGCAGGUGUUCCUGGGCGGUGUCGACAAGAACACGCAGUUCACGCGCUACUUCAUCGGCAACCUCGCCUCGGGCGGUAUGGCCGGUGCCACCUCGCUGUGCUUCGUCUACCCGCUUGACUUCGCCCGUACCCGUCUGGCCGCUGAUGUCGGCAAGGGUGCGGAGGCGCGUGAGUUCAAGGGUCUCGGCGAUUGUAUCUCGAAGAUCUUCAAGACUGACGGUCUGGUCGGUCUGUACCGAGGCUUCGGCGUAUCCGUCCAGGGUAUCAUCAUCUACCGUGCCGCCUACUUCGGCUUCUACGAUACUGCCCGUGGCAUGCUGCCGAACCCGAAGACGACACCGUGGUACGUGAGCUGGGCCAUCGCCCAGUGCGUGACCACCGUCGCCGGUAUCGUCUCCUAUCCGUUCGACACCGUCCGUCGUCGCAUGAUGAUGCAGUCCGGCCGCGCCAAGUCCGAGAUCGUGUACAAGGGCACGCUUCACUGCUGGGCCACGAUCGCCAAGCAGGAGGGUACCGGUGCCUUCUUCAAGGGCGCCUUCUCGAACGUGCUCCGCGGUACUGGCGGUGCAUUUGUGCUGGUGCUGUACGAUGAAAUCAAGAAGGUCCUGUAAAUUCUUCCACCCCAUCUAACUGUUUGUAACCUUCCACCAACCUUCCAACGACACCGCCAAUGAAAAACCCCCUAUUUCCCGUUUUGAUGAUUCCCUUCCCUAGCUUAAAAUUCCCUCCAUUCCAAUUGUCCAGCUCCGAUUUCCAUCGUACAGGGCGCGCCCAAUUCCAACGAACUCAAAUGCCCCCCAACAACGCUCGGAUAUUGGCGUAUGAGUUGCAAAACAAAAAAAAUGGACCGCUUUUGCUGGUUGUAAACCGGACUCGAUCUAGUACAUGCACUUGCAAAAAACCCCCAACUCCAUCGAACCGAACAGUAAAGUGUGUGUUCUUUCGAGCCCGAUAGUGUGCCGUAGCGAA